AUGCUGGGAGUUUUGGAUACGGCGAAGGACUCUACAGUAGCAGGGACAUCCAGCGCCGUUUACGUUGGUGAGCGUCUUAAAGCCACUGUACAAUGUUCCGAUGAAGCACUGCGGAAAUUUAAGUGCUCAGAAUGUCCGAAAGCUUUUAAAUUCAAGCAUCAUCUCAAGGAGCACAUCCGAAUUCACAGUGGUGAAAAGCCCUUCCAGGUUUGCACUUCACAGUUCCUCUCAAAACUUUUCUUUUAUCUUUUCCGAGCUGUUUAA